AUGGCUCCAUUACCUGGAGAAAAACGAGUCUCAACAGCUUUACUUGUAAUGGUCAUUAUUGUUGCGAUUGCGCUAACUGUGAGAGCAAAGAAUGUGAGAACAAAGAGUGAUCAAAAUGACGCCAACAUUGAAGCGGCUGUAAUGUUAAAACGCUAUAGUUAUGAAAGUGUCAAGAAGAGGACAAACUCAUUUGCUCAUGUUCUCGGGAAAGGAGGAUCAGGGACUGUCUGUAAAGGAAAAUUACCUGACACCAGCGGCCGAGAUAUUGCACUUAAGAUCUUGAAGGAAUCAAAGGGGGAUGGAGAAGAGUUUAUCAAUGAAUUAGCCAGCAUGAGUAGAGCAUCUCAUGUUAAUAUCGUUUCUCUGUUUGGAUUUUGCAAUGAAGGGAGCAACAGGGCUAUCAUUUAUGAGUUCAUGCCGAAUGGCUCACUUGACAAGUUCAUAGAGCUCUACAAGUUCAUUUCCAAAACUAUGUCGACGAAAAUGGACUGGAAAGUUUUAUACAACAUUGCGCUUGGUGUUGCUCAUGGGUUAGAGUACUUGCACAAUAGUUGUGUAUCAAAGAUUGUGCAUUUCGAUAUAAAGCCACAAAAUAUAUACUCAUGGAUGAAGAUUUGUGCCCCGGAUUUCGGUCUUGCUAAGCUCUGCAGAAACAAAGAGAGUGCCAUAUCCUUGCUAAACGCGAGAGGGACUGUAGGGUACAUUGCUCCUGAGGUGUUUUCCAAGAAGUUUGGAGAAGUUUCGCAUAAAUCAGAUGUUUAUAGUUAUGGAAUGGUGGUUCUUGAGAUGAUUGGGGCAAAGAACAUGGAAAGCGCUGGAAACUCUAGAUCCGAAAACGUUUCAAUGUACUUUCCAGAUUGGAUCUAUGAGGAUCUAGAAAGGAAAGAAACCAUGAGUUUUUCUAAAGAUCAUAUAAUGGAACAAGAAGAGAAGAUAGGGCAUUGGUUGGUUUGUGGUGUAUUCAGACCAGUCCAUCUGAUCGUCCACCAAUGA